AAAAGGGCAAGAAAUCUGGGAACCACCAGUGCUCACCAACCUGAAGUUUCCAUGCCUUCUGGCUCAGCCGCUCUUUCCCUUGUCUUUCGACUUAUCAGCUGCUCUUCAUCGGUUCCUUGACAGUGAGAGAAUCAACACCGUGCGCACUUUGCUUGGAACCCUCAUUCUUUUUCCUCUUUCUUCACACCCCUCCUCCUCGGGGCCUCUUCCUCUCUCCUCGGAUGCUGCUCCUCAGCAUCACCAUAAAUCAGUUCGACCGCGCGCCACUGGGAUGAGGAGACUACCUCCCCGACUGCUGGCCUCGAUACCACACGCAAGCCCGUCGGGCGCUGUGCCCCUCUUACUCUCGUCUUCUGUCGCAAACCACACACUUCAAAACCUAAGGGCGGGACCACGAUUACGAGUCGUUGCGCAAUGGCAAUGCCACCCUCAAUGGCAACAACAGCGUGCCGGCUUCUUGACAGGGCCGGCAUCGUGUCAUCCCGCCGACAACGACACAAGCCGCGCCAGUCCCUCUCCCACGAUUGCCCGUGAAGCCUCUACUUCGCCCACGCCAACGCUUCCUGGCCUCGAAGAAGCUGGUCAUGAUGAACAGUCACCUGCUGGACUCCACGAGGACGGAAUCACCGAGGAAGAGCUUCCUAAGCUUCCCUUCCGCUUCGACACGGGUAUUGGUCUAUACGCAAAGCGCCCGCCUCGCCCUUUCCCACCACCAUUCCUCUCGCCACCCUCCGGUUCUUUCAGCGACCCUCUCAGUACGCAUGAUCGCAGUCGAGAUCGCCGUGCGGCUUAUGUCAACGGGAAGUUGAUACGAGGUUACACCAACGGCGACGAUGCUGUAUUUGCCAGCAAAUACUUUGUUUGCGCAAACGACGGCGUGGGCGCAUGGAGUACACGACCCCGAGGGCAUGCUGGCCUCUGGUCCCGACUAAUAUUGCACUUUUGGGCCAGCGCAGUGUUCGAGGACGCCGUACGACAAGGCGACACUUACCGCCCCGACCCGAUCGCAUAUCUGCAACAAGCGUACGAACAAACAAUGGAAGCGACGGCAUCACCGAACGACUGGCAAGGCACGACGACAGUUGCGGGCGCACAGCUACAUUACCGUCGCAAGCUGGGAGAACCUGGUCAGGACGUUGCUGAGUCUGACAAGGGUUCCGCAAGUGGAGGUGCCACGAACCUGACAGAUGGGGAUCGGCCACCUUAUCAGAGCACCGAUAGCGCUGGCCAUGCUAAAGUACAGGGCGAGACCGAGAAGCUGGACAACAGCGGAAGGAGCGAUGUGGAGCCGCUGCUUUACGUCACCAACCUUGGCGACUCGCAGGUGAUGGUUGUGCGGCCGUCGACACGCGAAAUCGUGUACAAGUCGACUGAGCAGUGGCAUUGGUUCGAUUGCCCGCGUCAACUGGGCACCAACAGUCCCGACACACCCCGUACAAUCGCAGUGGUGGACGAGGUACCAAUACAGGAGGGAGAUGUUGUACUAGCCAUGUCGGAUGGUGUUAUUGACAACCUUUGGUCGCAUGAGAUCUCGGAGAAGGUCUGUGAGUGCAUAGAAAAAUGGCGGGCGGGCGAAGUAAAAGUGAGCAAGGGCGUUCUACGGGGGACCGUGCUGGACAAUGAUGCUGGCAUGAUGGGAUUCGUGGCGGAGGAACUGAUGGAAGCCGCAAAAGCCAUCGCUUUGGAUCCGUACGCGGAGAGUCCAUUCAUGGAACAUGCUAUUGAAGAAGGUCUUGCCAGUGAAGGCGGCAAGCCAGACGAUAUCAGCGUCGUUGCAGCCAUUUGCAAAAGGAACGACUGAUGAUCAUUACUGUUUGCACAUUUCUAGUUGCUUUUCUUCGCUGUCGAAGUAGAAUUAUAGAUAUGGGUUUCUUUUGUUGGGUUCUUUGGAGCGGCGGGACAAAAGGGGAAUGGUAAGGAAUGGCUGUUUUACCGGAGACGCAUGGAGUUUCCAGACAGUCCCAGGUUUACUUAGUUACCUUUGAGCGGCUUCUCUUGGGUUGUAUGUUCAUCAUGUUGCAAUCUUUACAUACACAUUGGUGUUCUGAGGAUACAUCUCCGGGUGUUGAGUCUCCAAGCGAGAAACCUCAUGGUGGGCGGAGUGGAGGAAGGCAAGCGACAUCGAGGAUGGGUUAGGAGCUUUAUGAAGGCGGCGUCCGGUGUGGGUUAACAUGGGCACUUAAACUUUAUUAGCCGCAUUAUAGUUCCAGUUCCUGCUUUUCUGGGGAUGGUGGUAUUACACAGACUCCAAAGGAGAAACAUUUGGUCCUUUUGUGUUCAUCUACCACAUUUACAACGGUUAGUUGAUCAUAAACGGCACAAUCCAUCCCGGAUCCAAGGUCUCUGUAACUUUAGCG